AUGAUUUUAAACAGUGGACCAGUAGUUCGUCUCACCCUUUGGGACAAUGUCGCCUUGAAUUUCCGGAAAAGAUUGACAAAACAUGUCAGUAAACCUGUGGUGCUCAUUGCUACUACUGUGAACCCAAGGAAAAUUAAAGAUAUGUUUUGUCUCUCCUCCACCUCUUCCACAAGGAUUUUUCUCGACAAUGAUGUUGAUCCAACUACUGAAUACUUGACAUGGUUGGGGGAGGAUACAAAAAACGCAUCUAUUGUCGUCAACAACUUCACCUUAGAGGUUGUAAAGCCUGAACCAGUCACCAUUAGCGGACUCUACCAAUUUCUGAAAAACGACACUCCACAGAAAGCCCUUUUUUCCUGCAUUGCUACGAUUGUAUCAAUAUCACCUCAAUAUGGCUGGUUCUACAUUGCAUGUACUAAAUGUGCAUGUAAACUUGAGCGAGGAGACACGACCUUGGAAUGUAAGACGUGCAACAACAAAAACGCUGUUGGUGUUGUCAGGUAUCGAGUCGAGCUAUCUGUCUAUGACAAUGACAAUGUUGCAACUUUUGUGCUUUUCGACCGUGAAGCAUAUAAACUAACUGGUAUGAGAGCUGCAGAUAUAUUGGAAGCCUUUAUGCAGGGUGAUGAUAAUGGUGUCAUAGGCAAUCAUACUUCAAUACCACAAUGUCUAUUAGAUGUUGUAGGCCACACUUAUAAAUUUCAAGUAACACUUACGCCCUAUAACUACAUUGCUACCCGCCAAACUAUCACAGUUUCACGCAUCUUUGAGAAAGUUACUGGUGGUGACGAGAAAACUCCUCAAGACAAAACAGCCGAUGAUGAUGAUGAUAAUGAUGACGAUGACGACACGGUUGGCAGCAAGCACAAAAAGAAACGUAUGCGUCAGGCAGGACUUAGAUUCACAACAACAUCCUCAAUAUAUUAA